AUGGCGAAGUCCAAGAACGCGUCCCAGCACCACAACAGCCAGAAGGCUCACCGUAACGGUAUCAAGAAGCCCAAGUCUCACCGUUACCCCUCCCUCAAGGGUGUUGACCCCAAGUUCCGCCGCAACCACAGAUACGCUCUUCACGGAACCAUGAAGGCUCUGAAGGAGCGCAAGGAGGGCAAGCGCGAGGUCGCAUAA